GCUCCGCGGCACCCGGCCCGCUGCUCUGUCUGUUUCACCCCUGGCCCGCUCGCAAGCUCCGGGACAGAGGGAGGGCCGAAGCAACCACGGGCUUCUUCCAUCUGAUCUCUAUACAGCCAGCCCCCCCCUACGAUGGCCAGCCGGGGUGGGGGCCGGGGUCGGGGCCGGGGUCGAGGUCAGCUGACCUUCAACAUGGAGGCUGUGGGCAUUGGGAAGGGGGAUGCUCUGCCUCCUCCUACCCUCAAGCCCUCCCCACUCUUCCCUCCCCUGGAAUUCCGUCCAGUGCCACUACCCUCUGGAGAAGAAGGUGAGUAUGUUCUUGCACUGAAACAGGAGCUUCGGGGGGCCAUGAGGCAGCUUCCCUACUUCAUUCGUCCAGCUGCACCUAAGAGAGAUGUGGAGCGUUAUUCAGACAAAUAUCAGAUGUCAGGGCCAAUUGACAGUGCGAUCGAUUGGAACCCUGAUUGGAGGCGUCUUCCCAGAGAGCUCAAGAUACGAGUUCGAAAACUACAGAAGGAACGGACAACCAUCCUGAUCCCCAAGAGGGCCCCUAAGACCCCAGCAGAGAAAGAAGAAACCAUUCAAAAACUGGAGACCUUAGAGAAGAAGGAAGAAGAAGUGACUUCAGAAGAGGAAGAGGAGAAAGAAGAAGAGGAGGAGAAGGAAGAUGAAGAGGAGGAGGAGUAUGAUGAAGAAGAGUAUGAGGAGGAGACAGAUUACAUCAUGUCAUAUUUUGACAAUGGAGAAGACUUUGGGGGUGACAGUGAUGAUAACAUGGAUGAAGCAAUUUACUGAGGAAGAACCUUGGAUAACCCCCAUUGCUCCAACCUUCUCAGCUCUAGGGAUUGGGAGACUGUUGUAGCCAUCUGUGAUUAUGGGCACACCAUCCUUCUAAACCCAGCCAGAGAUAGGACAUUGCCUCCUUGAGGGGAGGAGCAGGGGCCUAGUGGCUAUGGAUAGCUCUCCUCCCCCAAUUAUGGUGGCUGGACCUUACCUCUGUUGCUUUGGAGAAGAGGUAAAGGACUGAAUUUUUUUUUAUUGUUUUAUACCUUGAGGGGAAGAAUCUGUACAAGUUACAACUGCCCCCCUUUCCCCUGCCUACCUGUUCCCACCCUAUAUAAUUUUCUCUUUUUUGGAGAAAAUUGGCGCUUGGGAAAAAGUAGGGAUGAGGCCAGUUUUAUGGUUUUUAAAUAAAGUUUUGUUCUCUAUA